AUGUGCUUCUUUAAGCAGGGAAAUAUAGUGAGGCUGGAGGUCCAGCAUAACAGUGGCAGGAGGAGCAGCAGGGAGGAGCAGCAGGAGGAGCAGCGGAGGAAGCAGUAUGUUUUCAGUUUCUUCACCACUUUAGCCCAACGUGUUUCUGUUCAGAACAGGCUUUGGACAAAGACAGAUAUAACAGAUACCCUGCUGAUCAUCUACGACAGUAAACAGGAUACCCCUGCUGAUCAUCUAUCAGACAGAUUAACUGAGAAACAGAAGCAGGUGGGGGAGAAGCAACAGAAAUCCCAGCAGAGAAUCCAGGAGAGAGAGAAGGAGAUGCAGGAACUGAGACAGGCUGUGGACUCUCUGAAGUUCUCUGCACAGGCAGCCGUGGACGACAGUGAGAGGAUCUUUGCUGAGCUGAUCCGCACCAUGGAGACAAGGGGCUCUGAGGUGAAGGAGCUGAUCAGAGCCCAGGAGAAGGCUGAAGUGAGUCAGGCUGAAGGCCUCCUGGAGCGACUGGAGCAGGAGGUGGCUGAGCUGAGGAGGAGAGAUGCUGAGCUGGAGCAGUUCUCUCACACAGAGGACAACAUCCACUUCCUCCAGAGGUUCAAAGACCACAGUGCCCCCCCUGUUUCUGAAGAGAUGCCUGCCAUCAUCCUUAAACAAAGUCAUGUUUUUAAGACGGUGAUGACCUCUGACCUCCAGAAACAGCUGAUGCUCUGCUGUAAGAAGGGAGUCGUGGAGAUAUCAGCAGCAGUGAAAGCUGUCCACAUACUGCAGUCAGCAGAGCCAAGCACCAGAGCACCAGAGCAGCAGCACCUGUCCCACAAUAUCACGAAACGUAUUCUAAAGAAGGCAUUUUAGGAACAUUUUUGGAAAAUAUAGUGCUUUCGGUGGAUUAUGUGUUCAUUGUGGCAAGGGACAAAGGCGUCAUGGCCCCAUGGGUGAAUGUUCCUAGUUAUAUUAAGGAGCGAUAAUACUAUUCUCAUCUUGUAGAUAAACUGUGUGUCCUUAAAAGGAAGAGGGGAGAGUGUGUGUCACAGAACACCGUAUCUGUAUAUUCCGAAAUUACAGUCACACACACCUAACUCCUCACCUUCACCAUCUAAAGUAGACUUAAAGCCAGUGGUGUAAAAAUAUUUCAAAGUACUUCUUAAGUAGUAGUUUUUUAAUUUUUUGACAACUUGUACUUAAC